UCGCUGGGGUCGGGGGGUCGGGGUGUGUGGAGAUGUGAGCUGUAGCUGCAGCUGGAGGCUUCAGUCCUGCUUUCAGAGCCGCUUUAAGCAGCUCUCAGUAAUGAGGUGAAGCCGCCGCCGCGCCGGGCAGAAACACGUUUACUCCCGGUUCUCUGCGGUGUUUUGUGCAGAGCUGUUCGCUUCUCCUUUGUCAGGAUUGAAUAGGUUGUGUUGAAAACGUGCUGGUAUUAGCGCUCCUGCUGACCGCGGUGGAGCUUGAAUUUGUGUGGUUGAAGCGAGUUUUGGUAAACUAACUACCUUGUUUUAGGCAGUAAAGCGUCGAGGUUAGCUGGUAGUUGUGAAGCCUGUUUUAUCUUUACUUGCUGUAGUUCUUGUAAGACGCACUUACGGACCUUAACAUGUCCUUGUACUAGUUGUGUUGGUCUUGUGGUGUCGGAUCUGCAGGCUGCACCGAGAGGCCUGAGCUCCUAACAGCAGUAAGGUUAGUUCUCGGGUUUUAAGUGUUAGUGGUCAGUCAGCUGCAGCUGAGUCAGUGGGUUUAGUGUAAAUUGGGUUUAUUUGUAUUUCUAGUGUUGGAAAGUUUGAAGACAGAACCUACAUCUCUUCCUACUUACGUCUUUGAACAUGGUGCAGUCAACCAAAAGGGCUGAUCCGAACGAGCUGAAGGUCAUCUUUCAGAAGUAUGCGAGUGUUGUGGAUAAGGAUGGCGAGAGGUUUAUGACCCCCAGUGAUUUUGUGCAGAAGUAUUUGGGCCUCCACACACAGAUCCAUCACAAUCCCAAAACUGUGCAGCUGCUGGCUGGAGUGGCAGAUACUACAAAGGAUGGGCUGAUUUCGUUCCAGGAGUUUUUGGCCUUUGAGUCAGUCCUGUGUGUGCCAGACGCACUCUUCAUUGUGGCCUUUCAGCUCUUUGAUAAAACUGGAACUGGAGACAUUUCCUUUGAAAACGUGCGUGAUAUUUUCAGUCAGACGACGGUCCAUCAUCACAUCCCUUUUAACUGGGACUGCGAGUUUAUUCGUCUUCAUUUUGGCCAUGACCGAACCAAACAUCUCAGCUACCUGGAGUUCACCCAGUUUCUACAGGAGCUGCAGUUGGAACAUGCCCGGCAGGCCUUUGCACAGAAGGACAAAGCCAAGACUGGAGUGAUCUCAGCCAUGGACUUCAGUGACAUCAUGUCCACCAUCAGGCACCACAUGCUGACUACAUUUGUUGAAGAAAAUCUGGUCUCAGUAGCCGGGGGUGGAACCUCUCACAUGGUGAGCUUCUCCUACUUCAAUGCCUUCAAUUCACUCCUCAAUAACAUGGAGCUCAUCCGCAAAAUCUACAGCACACUUGCCGGGACCCGCAAAGACACACUCGUCACUAAAGAAGAGUUUGUUCAUGCUGCUAAUAAGUUUGGUCAGAUCACUCCCAUGGAGAUUGAUAUUCUCUAUCAGCUCUCAGGCCUCCACUCUCAAACCGGGAGGUUGAACCUGGCAGAUAUUGAAAGGAUAGCUCCUCUGGAGGAGGGUGCACUGCCCUAUCAUCUGGCAGAAGUACAGAGACAGAUGCAUGGCGAUGCUUCUCGUCCGGUGUGGCUGCAGGCUGCUGAGUCAGCAUAUCGCUUCACCCUAGGCUCCAUUGCUGGAGCUACGGGUGCCACAGCGGUGUACCCUAUCGACUUGGUGAAAACUAGAAUGCAGAACCAGCGCUCCACUGGCUCGUUUGUAGGCGAGCUCAUGUACAAGAACAGCUUCGACUGUGCCAAGAAAGUCCUCCGGUACGAGGGUUUCUUUGGCUUCUACAGAGGCCUUGUGCCCCAGCUCCUUGGUGUGGCUCCAGAGAAAGCCAUUAAACUCACUGUGAACGAUUUUGUGCGAGACAAAUGGUCCGAAAAAGACGGCUCCAUCCCUCUGGCAGCGGAAAUCCUUGCGGGUGGAUGUGCUGGUGGCUCUCAGGUGAUUUUCACCAAUCCUCUGGAGAUCGUGAAGAUCCGUCUGCAGGUUGCUGGGGAGAUCACCACAGGGCCCAGAGUGAGCGCGUUAAGUGUCGUCCGUGACCUCGGCUUCUUUGGCCUCUACAAGGGUGCUAAAGCCUGUUUCCUGCGUGAUAUCCCCUUCUCUGCCAUCUAUUUCCCUGUAUACGCCCACACUAAAUCUUACCUGGCUGAUGAAGAAGGCCGACUUGGGGCUCUGCAGCUGCUGACCGCAGGAGCCAUUGCAGGUGUCCCUGCCGCCUCAUUGGUUACUCCUGCUGAUGUCAUCAAAACACGACUGCAGGUAGCGGCACGUGCUGGCCAGACUACAUACAGUGGAGUUAUUGACUGCUUUUGGAAGAUCCUGAGGGAAGAGGGCUUCAGAGCCUUCUGGAAAGGAGCAGGAGCUCGAGUCUUCCGCUCCUCUCCACAGUUUGGUGUGACCCUGGUCACUUAUGAGCUCCUGCAGAGGUGGUUCUACGUUGACUUCGGAGGGCACCGUCCGUCUGGUUCUGAGCCAACUCCGAAGUCACGGAUAUCAGAGCUGCCCCCGGUCAGCCCGGAGCAUGUGGGGGGAUACCGCCUCGCUGCAGCCACCUUCGCCGGCGUGGAGAGCAAGUUCGGACUUCACCUGCCAAAGUUCAAAUCCUCUGGGGUCGUGAGCAUCCAGCCCAGCAAGGAGGAGGCACCAGCCUCCUAAAAAGCCCCGCCCACUCCUGUCCUGUCAUCCAGUGGCUGCAUGCCUCCAUCAUCCAGGCUGUCACUCCAUUUUCUCCUGUUUUAUUUUUGGUUUGUUUGUUUGUUUGUUUGUUUGUUUGGUGAGGGAGAUGUGUGGGAUAUAUUUACCAUUUUCAACCACUCAUCAGUGCCUGUUCUGUAAUAACUGAACAUUUACUAAUGGAUUACUUUCACACUCCAAAUGCUGGUGUAAAUGCCAGCUGUGCAUUUCCUUUUUCAUCUGAAUGAAAAAAUGAAAUGACCGUAUAAAGUAUCCACGAGGCCACUGACCAAUCAUCUGUUAUGUGGCUAUAAUGAACUUUUUUUUGUUUUGGGAAUGUUUUAGCAAGCAAACUCCUGGGGAAAAAGGGUAUCCCACAAAAUCCAGGGUGAAUUCAGUUUGAGUGGGAUGCUAGGAGAGUAUUCACCAGCUGUCAGCUUUCUUAAUGAUGCCGUUUUAUGAAAGUAAUGUCCUAAAAUAUAUCUAGCAUGAAAUGAACAAUUCCGGUUGAAAAGCAAUAGUGAUCCAACCAUUUUAUUAAUUUAUUUCUUUGUUAACAUUUUCCUCUGAUUAUACAUGGACACACAUUUCUAAGUAAUUAAUUGAAUUGGUUAAAAUUAAAGCGACAAUCAUUUUUUGUAGUCCGUUUGUUGAUUGGCUUUCUACUGGUUUUGUGACUGGCCACAUUAGAAUUAGAAUUUCGCCUCCAUGAGCCUUUUCCCUUGGACACUGUUACAUUCCAGAACUACUGCUGUUGAGAAAUGGAUCACCUCUCCCCGAAUACUACUUUAGCAUCACAUUUUAAUGCCAAGUUCCUAAUUUAUGACCCUCAUAGACGCAAAACAAAUGUGUAAUGCAAUAGAACAUAAGGAUUUUCGAGCGGUUUGUCCUUUUAACUUUUCAUUCAAACGAAGGGACAUAAAAAUCAGACAGCACAAGCAAUGUUUCCUUUCCAUUUCCAAUAAUCAGAGAACAUUAAACAAGUAUUUUAAGGAAAUUAUGCUAGUGCAGUCUCAUUUUUCCCUCUGUGUUCCUAAAUUGCAGUUCAAAAAUGUUCCUCCCCAAAAAAACUAAAUAGAGACAUAAUAAAUAAAAAAAAAUUGAAGAGCAUGUGCAUCAUUUUCUUUUUGUCUUAUAGCAUAACAUGUGGCUAUUAAACCAACAUUUAAAGCACAUGAUGCUAGUGCUGUCUGAUUGUUUUUUAUAUUUAUUUUUUUUUAAUCUAGCCGUCUUUUUAUAAGGUCCAUUUGCAUUAGAUUUAGUGAUCAUGUCUGUUUAGUGCACACUCAAUGCCUGCAAAUAUGUCCUGCGGUCUUCUAUCACCUUCAGAGGACUUCGGAAAUGGCCAGUAAACGUGUCUCUAUACAGUCAGGCAGGCAGCAAAAACACAACGCUGCUCCUCGUGUUCCACUUGACCUGAAUCCACCCUGCAUGUGUAAAUGCUGCAUUUAAUCUGCCUUUUUCCUUCUCAGUCUUAUUUUUCUUCGCUGCCAUUAGGAAGUUCCUCCUGUGUUAAAGAAAGCAUGCAAUAGUGCUCCUCAUGCUUUUCUCAUCAUGCUCUGCGUAGCUUGCACAUGCCCUGUACAUAUUUGUACAUCUUUUUUGCACAGAGAUGUGGGAGAGAGAGAGAGGCAGUCAUAGUCUCUCGCCCUCAUUUCUGCCUCAUACUGAUGGUGUACAGAGGUUUCCAGAUUUACUGAUCAAAACAAAAGCAAACAAAAUAUGUAUCAUGGAUAAUCUGAUGUUUAGAAAAUAAUUUAAAUGCAUUUCAGUCUUGUAUUUUAUGGAAGUAAAUCAUACGGUUGAAUUUUAAACCAAGA